AAAACCUUCACGCCCAACAUCAUUGGCCGAAAAGUGAAAGAAGAACCAAAAGCUGAAGGUGGGCAGAGGCGAGAGCGAAGGGACGCAGACCGAGGUCGGGGCCCGCGGGAGCGAGGCAGGGGUCGCGGCCGCGGCGUCCCAGAGGUCAUCCAGUCACACUCUAUAUUCGAGCAGGGGCCUGCAGAGAUGAUGAUGAAAAGGAAAGGUUCUUAUGAGAAUGAAAGAGAUGCUCCCAGCAUGGGACCCUCCCCCAUCAUCAAUAUUAAAAAGGAGAAGAAAGAGACCGAGGAGGAGACGAAAGAGAUUCUGCGCAAGCUGGAACGAGACAGUUUCAUAGAUGACCCUUUCCUGAAGGGUGAGAGGAGUAGCUGUCCGGUUCAACUCCCUCUCGCUGUGUCAGGGUGGGGAUUCAAGGAGGAAUUCAGUAACACGUCCCUUAAAGUUGAAAAGACAGAGGAGGACACUGAGCUCUCAGAGUCUGGAGUAGAAGUAAAAUCAGAGCCAGAAGAAGUAGAAAUAAAGAAAAGUGAAGCAAGUUUCAGGCCUCCUCCGCUUCCUGAGCCUGAACAUCUCACUGACCUGCUUCGUAAAUGGAGUCUGGGCAGAAAGGAGGAGCUGCUCUUCAUUCAGCUGCCCGACUCGCUGCCCGGCCAGCCUCCCACCCAAGAGCACCGGCCGGUGAAAACAGAGGUGCAGUCAGAGGACGGACAGUCUGUGCUGCUGAAGAAAGAGACACAGGAAGAGGAAGCCGAAGACAACAGCUGCAAUCUGAAGGAUCUACGGGAAGGACUUGUGGGGAAGAUGCUGGUGCGGAAGUCUGGCCGGGUGCAGCUCAUACUGGGACAAGUCACUCUUGACGUGUCUGUUGGAACAUCCUGUUCUUUCCUUCAGGAGCUGGUCUCUAUUCAAACACAAGAAAAAACAGGCAACUUGACUGUUUUAGGAAAUGUCAGACACAAAAUGGUCUGUUCCCCAGACUUUGAGGCUCUGUUGGAGAAGAGUGCUUAAGAGCACAGGCUGCAAGAUGGACCAUCACUGUUUGGGCUGUCCUUUUGGAAACCAUCAUCUAAUAGAAGAUUCCAAAUGCCCUAAAAUGAAAGAUUAUUGUUUCAUUUUGAGGAAUAGCCUUGUCAAGUUAUGAUGCAAAGUUUGAGUGGCAUGCUGAGUUACAAAACUUUUUAUUUACUUGUCAGAACUGUACAUGGAUGUAGAUAUGUAAAAAAGUGUAUUAUUUCAUUAGGUCUUUACUCAGAUCAGACGACAGUAUGGUGGUUUAUUUUGGUUGUUUUAAAAAUUUCACAUAUUGUUUUAAAUUUGUGCUGAUUGUAAUGAAACAAGGUUGCACAGCUUGUUUCUCGCACUGCAGCUCAAAACUGAAAAUGUAAUAAACACUUUUAACUUGG